AUGGGCUGCAUCCAGAGUAUCGCCUGUAACAAGUCUCGCAUUAAACGGGAGAACAUAGUGGUGUACGACCUGUCCGCCACCAUAGACCACUGCCCGACUGUCAUUGAGGAGAACUCGCCCAUAGUGCUUCGAUACAAGACGCCGUAUUUCAAAGCCUCGGCGCGGAUUGUGAUGCCCCCCAUUUCGCGCAAUGAGACAUGGGUGGUGGGCUGGAUCCAGGCGUGCACCCAGAUGGAAUUUUACAACACCUAUGGAGACGUCGGCAUGUCGAGUUGGGAGCUGCCUCAGCUCCGAGAAGGCCUGGUGAGGGCCAUCAGCGACUCAGACGGUGUGAGCUACCCUUGGUAUGGAAACACAACAGAGACUGUCACCAUUGUGGGCCCCACCUCUAAGCCAUCCCGCUUCAUCGUUAGCAUGAAUGACAAUUUUUACCCCAGCGUCACCUGGGCUGUGCCGGUCAGUGAAUCCAACACGCCCUUACUGACUAACAUCAAAAGGGACCAGAGCUUCACCACCUGGCUGGUGGCGCUCAACACCACGUCCAGGGAAAAGAUCCUGCUCCACACCAUCAAGUGGAGGAUGAGGGUCGAUAUCGCGGUGGAUCCGUCCCUGCCUCUGGGCUCCAGGGCCAGGCUGGUGGGCCGGGUGCACCAGGACCAGCCGCGGGUGCUGACCCGCAUGGAGCCCAUCACUGCUAACGCCAUGGGGAGGCCCAACGCCAAUGACGCCCAGGUUCUGAUGUGGAGGCCGAGGAGAGGGCCUCCGCUUGUUGUCAUACCACCCAAGUAG